AUGUCGAUUUCAAAAAUAAAAAAUGCUGCUAAAUCUUUAAAAACAUUUCAAGGUAUUCGUUUUGAAAAGUGCUUGGACAAUGGUGAAGCAGCUGAACAAAUGAAUAAAUGGCUUUUAGAAGUCUCAUGGGAAGUUGCUAACAAAGUGGGUGGAAUUUAUACUGUUAUUCGCUCAAAAGUACCUAUAACAAAAAAAGAAUAUGGAAAUAAUUAUAUUUGUUUGGGUCCAUAUAAUGAUUCAUUUGUUAAAACUGAAGUUGAAAUAAGUGAGCCGAAAACCGAUGCUCUACGUGAAGCAGUUAACGAUAUGAGACGUAAUGGUGUUAAUGUCGUAACGGGCAAUUGGUUGAUUGAGGGCUUUCCUCAAGUUGUUCUUUUUGAUCUUAGUUCAGCAGCAAAUAGACUGGAUGGCUGGAAAGGUGAUUUCUUUGAACAUGCUCAUAUUGGUAUUCCAUAUUUUGAUCGAGAGUCGAACGAUGCUUUACUAUUCGGUUUUUGUGUUUUUUGGUUUAUCGGUACAUUUCUGGAACAUGUAAAACGAAUACAAAAAUGUUACGUGAUCGCUCAUUUUCACGAAUGGUUAGCUGGUGUUGGCCUUAUAAUGACACGACUUCGUGGUUAUGAUUGUGGAUUAAUAUUUACAACACAUGCAACGCUUCUAGGACGAUAUCUAUGUGCUGGCUCAACAGAUUUUUAUAAUAAUUUAAGUUUUUUCAAUCUUGAUAAAGAAGCCGGUGAUCGUCAAAUUUAUCAUCGAUAUUGUAUUGAGCGUGCUGCUGCAUCAUGUGCACAUGUAUUUACAACUGUUUCAAAAAUCACUGGUAUUGAAUCAGAAUUUUUAUUAAAUAAAAAACCAGAUAUACUAACACCUAAUGGGUUAAACGUUCAAACUUUUGCUGCAUUGCAUGAAUUUCAAAACUUACAUGCACAAAAUAAAGAAAAACUUAAUGCGUUCGUACGUGGUCAUUUUUAUGGGCAUUAUGAUUUCGAUUUGGAUAAAACAUUAUAUUUUUUUAUCGCCGGCCGAUAUGAAUUUUCAAACAAAGGCGCUGAUAUGUUUAUAGAAUCGCUAGCUCGAUUAAAUCAUAUGCUCAAAUCUUCCGGUUCUGAUGUAACUAUCGUAGCAUUUAUGAUUUUUCCGACGCCUACAAAUAAUUUCAAUAUUGAAUCGUUACGUGGUCAAUCUGUUGCAAAAAUGCUUCGAGAUACAGUUCAUAAUGUUCAAAGCGAUAUCGGAAAACGACUGUAUGAAAUUUGUCUAAAAGGUCAUCUUCCAAAAGCAGAGCAAAUCUUAUACUCAAGUGAUUUAAUUGAAUUAAAAAAAUGCAUUUACGCUUCACAACGAUCAUCGUUACCACCUAUUUGUACACAUAAUGUAUGUGACGAUGUUAAUGAUCCCAUAUUAAAUGCAUUACGUCGUUGUCAAUUAUUUAAUGCACGUACUGAUCGAGUUAAAGUUAUAUUUCAUCCAGAAUUUUUACGCUCAACAAGUCCACUUUUACCACUUGAAUAUGAAGAAUUUGUACGUGGUUGCCAUUUGGGUGUGUUUCCAUCGUAUUAUGAGCCAUGGGGCUAUACACCAGCUGAAUGUACUGUAAUGGGUGUACCAAAUAUUUCAACAAAUCUAAGUGGAUUUGGAUGUUUUAUGGAAGAACAUGUACAUGAACCAGAAACAUAUGGUAUCUAUGUCAUUGAUAGACGAUAUAAAAGUGCAGAAGAAUCUUGUCAGCAGCUUGCAAGAUAUAUGUUUGAUUUUUCACUAUUAACACGACGACAACGUAUUAUUUUACGUAAUCGUACUGAACGACUUAGUGAACUAUUAGAUUGGAAUACGCUAGGAAUCUAUUACUAUCGUGCUCGUCAAAUGGUUCUUCAACGUACUCAUCCUGAAUUUGAAGAAGAACAGCUCAAAUUUACAACUCAAACAUUUUCUGCUCCAUCAACACCAGGUGUAUCUCGAUCAUCAACACCCGCACCACCAGAACAUGACGACGGAAGCGACGAUGAAGAAGAACUAGAAAAUUUUCCACAUCAGAAGAUACAUCUUGACGAAAAGACACCACCACCACCACCAGACACCGACGAAGACGAAAAGCCACAUUUGGAGCGUGCUGAUUCAGUUCGUCUUCUUCCACAUCGAAAAGAUAUUACCACAACAACUAUUAGUGCUGUAUCUACUCAUAUAUCUCAACUUGACACAUCACUGAAUGAUGCUAAUGACGAUGAAGUUGAUGCAAUAACCGGUAGCGCACAAAAUCAAAAUUCUGUUUAUGUUAGUACAAGCAACAGUAAACCUGGAUUAUUACCUGAUGCUAAAACAAGAGCUAUGAAUGAUGAACUCAAUCGAGGCUUACCACAACAUGGUGCAUUUUCUGAUCCACAUGAUGGUCAAAAAGAAGCACCCGAUACUGAUGGAAAAUCUUCAAUAUCAACACAAAUAGGCUUGCCAAUAGCCAAUGUUGUUCAUCAAACAACAGACAAAGCGGAUACAUCGGCAUUUGAACCAACAAGCGCCUCUAGUGUUCAAUAUUCAUCAGCUUUUCUUGGGCAACAAGCUGCAAAAUCAAUUGGUAAAGAACAGCUAUAA